GGAUACACAGUUUGGGGCUCGCUACGAACUCCUAGAACAGAGUUACAGAGGCCACUCGUUCACACACACACACACAGAGAGACACUCACGUACACAACUGCUUCAGGACUUGCUGACAACAACCCAAGGGAUAAUUAUCAAUGUUUCAUGCUCGAAAAUGCUGAUAUUGCACAUCGCAUCACUUUUGACCCUCGGGUGGCGCUCCUUUGCCCAGCUCCCGGAGUUUGGGGAUGUGUGCACUGAGGGGAGCUGCUACCCCGCCACCGGGGACCUUCUGAUCGGCCGUGCGCACAAGCUCACGGCCUCCUCCACCUGCGGCAUUGAGAAGCCUGAGCGCUUUUGCAUCGUUGGUCACUUGGAGGAGGAGAAGAAGUGUUUUGUGUGUGACUCCAGGGAGAAGUAUGAUGAGAGGAUGAACCACACCACCAGCCACAGCAUCGAAAACUUGGUCACCACCUUCGCCCCCAACCGCCUCAAGACCUGGUGGCAGUCUGAGAAUGGGGUGGAGAAUGUGACCAUUCAACUGAACCUGGAAGCUGAGUUCCACUUCACACAUCUCAUCAUGACUUUUAAGACGUUCCGUCCAGCUACCAUGGUGAUCGAGCGUUCCAUGGAUUUUGGGGAGAAGUGGCAGGUGUACCGUUACUAUAGCUAUAACUGUGAGUCCGCCUUCCCUGGGAUAUCCGUGGGACCCAUGGUCAAAGUGGACGACAUCAUCUGUGACUCUCGCUACUCUGACAUAGAGCCAUCCGCAGAGGGAGAGGUGAUAUUCAGGGUGCUGGACCCGGCGUUUGAGAUUGAAGACCCUUACAGUCCCAGGAUACAGAACAUGCUGAAGAUCACUAACCUGCGUGUCCAGUUCACUAAGCUCCACACACUGGGUGACAACCUGCUGGACUCCAGAGACGAGGUCACAGAGAAAUACUACUAUGCCCUCUUCGACAUGGUCGUCCGCGGCAACUGCUUCUGCUACGGACAUGCCUCCAAAUGCGCCCCUGUUGAUGGGAUACACGUAGGCACAGAGGGCAUGGUCCAUGGUCACUGUAUGUGUAACCACAACACAGAGGGUCUGAACUGUGAGCACUGUAAGGACUUCUACAACGACCUGCCCUGGAGGCCUGCAGAGGGACGCAACACCAAUGCCUGCAAGAUGUGCGAGUGUAACCACCACUCCAGGUCAUGUCACUUUGACAUGGCUGUGUAUCUGUCUACGGGGAACGUGAGUGGAGGAGUGUGUGAUGAGUGUGAACACAACACCAUGGGGCGUCAGUGUGAGCAGUGCAGACCCUUCUACUACCAGCACCCCGAAAGACACCUGAGAGACCCCAACAUCUGUGAACCGUGUAGCUGUGACCCGACGGGCUCCCUGCAGGGUGGUGUGUGUGACGGCAGGACAGACGUGUCCGCUGGUCUGAUAGCAGGGCAGUGUCGCUGUAAGACCAGUGUGGAGGGAGAGCGCUGCGACCACUGUAGACAGGGACACUACGGCCUGGGACAGGGACCAAACGGCUGCCUGCAGUGUACCUGUAAUCCCCUGGGCACACUGCCUGGAGGAAGCCCAUGUGACAUGGACACAGGAAACUGCUUCUGCAAACGCCUUGUCACCGGCAGGAACUGCGACCGGUGUCUGCCGCAACACUGGGGCCUGAGUAAUGACAUGGACGGCUGCAGACCAUGUGACUGCGACCAGGGCGGAGCCGUCAACAAUGAUUGUUCUCCGAUAUCAGGCCAGUGUCAGUGUCGAGAACACAUGUAUGGGAGGCGUUGUGACCAGGUGGAGUCAGGAUACUACUUCUUCGCCUUGGACCACUACACCUACGAGGCUGAGGAAGCCAAGCACGGCCCUGGUGUGACGGUGGUUCCCAGGCCCUAUCCUCUGAACCGUAGUCCUACCUGGACAGGGGCAGGGUUUGUCAAGGUACCUGAGGGAGCCCACCUGGAGUUCCACAUCAACAACUUACCCGACUCCAUGGACUACGACAUGCUGAUUCGCUACGAACCACAGUUGCCUGAUCAGUGGGAGCAGGUGGAGAUCAGAGUGAUACGUCCGUACUCAAUGAGAGUGGGGCAGCCAGCCAGUCCAUGUGAAAACACGCUUCAAGGAGGAGAUCAGCAGUUGGUGUCUCUUCUUCCAGGAUCCAGACAUGUGCUGCUCCCGAGGCCUGUGUGUCUGGAGGAGGGGCGGAACUACACUGUGCGUCUCAGUCUGCCUCUUUACUCCUCACUCAGUGACGUCCAAAGCCCCUACACGCUCAUCGACUCCUUGGUGUUGAUUCCGCGGGUGCGUAAGCUGCUGUUGUUUGAGGGUUCUCAGGGCGUGGAGGCGUGGGAUACGUUCCAGAGGUACCGCUGUCUGGAGAGCAGCCAAAGCGUCAUCAAGAGCCCCAUGACGGACAUCUGCAACAACUACAUCUUCAGUGUGUCUGCCCUGCUACAUCAGGGGGCUAUGGCGUGCCAGUGUGACUCCCAGGGCUCUUUUAGUGCAGUGUGCGACCCCAGCGGCGGGCAGUGCCAGUGUCGGCCCAAUGUGGCAGGCAGGAACUGUGACCGCUGUGCUCCCGCCACCUUCCUGUUCAGCCCCUUAGGAUGCAGACGCUGUGAGUGUAGUCCUCCGGGCUCUGUGAACGCUUUCUGCCACGAGGCCACAGGUCAGUGCGAGUGUGUUCCAGGGGCGUCAGGGCGUCAGUGUGCCCACUGCCUGCCAGGCUACUGGGGCUUCCCUCAAUGCCAGCCCUGUCAGUGCAACGGCAACAGCGACUACUGCCACCCUCAGACCGGGGAGUGCCAGGGCUGCCGCGCUUUCACCACCGGGCACAUGUGUGAAAGGUGUCUGGAUGGUUACCAUGGUGACCCAGUGUUGGGUUUGGGGGGUCACUGCCGCCCCUGCAUGUGUCCCGACGGGCCGGGGAGCGGGCGCCAGUACGCAGACAGCUGCUACCAGACCGCCGACAACUACCAGCUGGUCUGUGCCUGCAGCCCUGGAUACAGAGGAGCCAGGUGUGACGAGUGUGCCCCAGGUCACUAUGGUAACCCCCAGGUGCCCAGCGGGCGCUGUCUGCCCUGCCAGUGUAACGACAACAUCGACCAGCUGGACCCGGGGUCCUGCGACGCUCGCACAGGCGUCUGCCUCAAAUGCCUGCACCAUACCAAGGGCUAUGGCUGCCAGCGCUGCAAGCUGGGUUACUACGGCAACGCCGCCAGCCAGAGCUGCAGGAGGUGUAUGUGUUAUUCAGUGGGCACAAUGUCGGAGGCGUGUCCGUCUCCGGGGGAGUGUCACUGUGACCUGCAGACUGGCCAGUGUCCCUGCCGGCCUAACGUGAUUGGCCAGAACUGCGACCGCUGUGCCCUUGAUACGUUCAACAUUGGAAGCGGAAAGGGCUGCCAGACCUGUGACUGUGACCCAACCCACUCCUUUGGGACGUCGUGCAAUGAGCUGUCAGGGCAGUGCUCGUGCAGGUCAGGUUUUGGGGGAAGAAAAUGCAACGAGUGCCGAGAUAAGUUCUGGGGAGACCCUGAGGUCAAAUGUCAAGCGUGUGACUGUGACCUGCGUGGCAUCGCCAGCGAGCAGUGCCACCGUUCGUCCGGCCAGUGUGUGUGUGUGGAGGGUGUGUCUGGGCCCAGGUGUAACCAGUGUGCCAGAGGGUACCAUGGGACGUUCCCCGCCUGCGAACGAUGCCACCAGUGCUUUGCCGAGUGGGACCGCGUGGUAGGGGAACUGUCCAAUCAGACUCAGCGUUUGAAGGAUCAUGUGACAGAGCUCCAGACCAGUGGGGUGACGACGCCGUACAAAGACACCAUUAGCAGUCUGGAGUUUAGUGCAAAUGCUAUCAGUGCUAUAGUAGAGAACAACCCUGCUAUACAGAAGAUGGAAGAUGUACAACAGAUGAUGCAGCAGGCCACUGAGCUGGUGGCAGACCUGAACGAGAGGCUGAACGUCUCAGAGGAUUCCCUGUCCCGUCUCGUUGUCAAUGCCAACGACACCGAGGCCAGUCUGGACGCACUGAGAAAGCAGGCCCAAGAGCUAGAGAGAACAGUCACAGACAUUCGAGACCACAUAAAGACUGUGAAGAACUCUAACAUAGAGGGAGCGAUGGACACCAUCACCAAGGCCCACUUGGAAUCUAAGAGGGCGGAGAUCCGUGCCAAUCAGACCACCAGUUACCCCGACAACACUUUGGAACAGUCGGCUACACUACGGCGUGAAGCGGAGGCCAGACUGAGCCAGAACCAGGCGGAGUUUGACCUGAGACAACAGAAACACACAGAGAGACUGGAGAGGCUCGCCACAGAGCUCAACACUCUUGACCUAUUAGAGCUCAGCAAGCAGACAUGUGGAGCAGCUGGGGGGGAGGAGGGGUGUUCUGCGUCCCCCUGUGGAGGGGUGGGGUGUGUGUCGGAGGACGGCAACCUUCGCUGUGGUGGGGAGGGGUGUGAGGGUUUGGUCACACAGACACAAAGCACUCUGAAAACAGCCAAGGACUUCGACCAGGAAAUCCUCUCCACCCUGCAGGAAGUGGACAAGCUCUCUAGGAUGGUGUGGGAGGUGAAGGUGCGUGCGGGCGAGGCCAAGUUGAAUGCUCAAGAGGUGCUGCUGAAGUCCAACCAGAGCAGAGAUAGAGUGGAACAGAGCAACGAGCAGCUCCGCAGCCUCAUCAAGGAGAUACGAGGCCUACUCACUAACGACCGUGCCAAAGUGGAGGUUAUUGAAGCGGUUUCAAAUGAGGUGUUGGCCCUGGAGAUGCCCACAUCGCCCGAGCAGCUGGAGGCCCUGACCAAGGAGAUCAGAGACAGGGUGGGAACCCUCACCAGCGUGGAGGACAUCCUCAGUCAGAGUGCCAACGACAUACACACUGCAGAGAGGCUGCUGGAGCAGGCCCGCACCGCCAGUCAGGAGGUGUCUGAGAUGAAGGAGACAGCUGCCCUGGUGAAGGAAGCUCUGGAAACGACUGAGCGUGCUCAGAAUGCUGCCAUCGAUGCCGUCAAACAGGCCCACAACAACACCAGGGGAACACUUGACCUCAUCACAUCUGUAGAGUCGGAGACGGCGGAGUCGGAGCUGUGUCUGAGUAACGCCACACUGCGUCUGCUGCAGCUGGAGAGAGACGUGACUCUGCUGAGAGAGAGCAGCCUGGGCACCAGCCACCACACACAGCACACUGAGAGACUGUCUGAGACCGCUAGGCAGGACGCAGAGCAGGCCCUGCAGGAGUUUGACUUGGAGGUGAAGGGUAAAUACAGUGUUGUGGAGGGCUUGGUGGUGACGAAGGCAGAGGGCGUGUCUGACGCCAGGAAGAGGGCGGAGCUACUGCAGCAGGAGGCCAAGGAGUUGCUCACCCAGUCCAGUGUAAAACUACAGAGAUUCAGAGAGUUGGAGAGGUCGUAUGCGGCCAACCAGCGUACUCUGGAGGCCAAGACAGUUCAGCUGGCCGGGCUGGAGAAAACGGCACGCCAGCUGCUCAAUGACAUCAGCCAGAAAGUAAUGGUCUACAGCACCUGUUCUUAGGGUAACCAUGCCAACAGCAUCCCUGGCAAUGCCUGCCCGGAUGUCAUACCAGAGAUUAUGACGAUGUCUUCUUUAGUGCCAAAAAGAUAAUAUGACAAUCACUCAGGAGAGUCCAAAGACCAAAAGCAGUAUUUUACCACUAAGAACCAAGUAUUCCAUAAAAAAAAACGGUUUCUGUAUGAAACGGGUCUCUAAGCCAUAUAAGCUAUUAUCACAAGUAAUACAUGUUUUUACCAUAAGAGUGCACAUAGAUUUCAUGAUUUUAGAUUCUAUGGAAAUAUUUUUUAUAAUCGUGUCUGUAAAGAUAUUCAAAUGUGUCUGGACCGAAGCAUACGAGAGCCUAUUCAAUUGUAUGAUACAAUUUGUACCCAUCAACCUAUUGCUGUAAUUUAACUUUUUAAUAUAAAGUAAUAACUGCAUCUUAAUUUGUUUUGCAAAAAAUGCCUAGUCAACAUUGCCUAGUUCACCUCUACCUAAAAUGAGAUACUUUUGAAAUGUACAGUAUUUGGUGUUUGCUUUCCCCUAGUGGCAAUCUGAAAAAAAUGUACCCUCUUUCUGCUGCAUUUUCAUAAUCUCUAGGGAGUAGCAAGCACAUACACAAUUUCAGUUUAGUUUUCCGUUAUGGAGUCCAAUUCAAUUACAGGCAAAUGUACUUCCAACAUGUUUAACUGUAAUAACAUGCUAUCCACUCUGCCAACUGAAACAACCUUACUCAUUCACUGUCAUUGUAGGCUUAACUAGACAAUCCAUUUCCUACAUUUGAAAAUAUAGCCUACCUUCUAAUCAAUUUGGGCAGUUAGAGUUCUGCUUGUCUUUCUCCUGCCUUUUCUCUUACACCCUCAGUGUCUCUGCCCCCCCCCCCCCCCCCCCUCUCUCUCUGUCUCUCUCUCUCUCUCGCAUUAUUGAUGCAAGGUGAUUUGUAGAUCAGUGAUUCUGAACAGUUCUUUCCUCAGGCUGAUCCUGUUGAGCAUGCAUAAUGAACAUCUCUCUCAUCCCCCCAUGAAUCCCUCCUUCCUCUCCAGAGGGUUUCCUCCUCUGUGACCAUCACACUGUGUCCCCACCCAGUGACUCAGACUUGCUCUGAGCAAAUGAGAUACAAAUGGCACCAGCAGUGUUCCGCCUGGACCUCUUCAUCAAAUGAGAUUUGGCAGGAAGCAAUCAAUAUGGCGGCCUUCCCUCCCUCUGAAAUUAGCUCUUUCCAUUUAGUGCUGCAAAUCAGUCAGGCAUCACUGUUUUCCCUUACAUAUUAACCCCACUCCAGCAUAUCUGUGAGAUAAAUUGCUUUCGAAAGUGGUUCAGCCAGUCCCUUCCCCUGUGUACAGUAUUUAUGGUACAGUGGUUUGACUGCAUGAUGUGAAUGCUUGUACAAUUAUAUCAUUUUUAAUACAUCACAAAAGUCAUACUGCAGUGCAAUGCUUCAUUCUAGACACAUAUUUUUUCAUCAGCUGGCAUGGAUGACUCUCCAAAAACCUUAUACCAUGCCUAACCUCAUCAUCCAUUUGCAGAACAGCUAAAUAGAGCUAUCCUGUAAAAAAAACACAGCUGUGCCUUGCAGGCUGGUCAGCCCAUCCAUCGUACGACAGUAAACAGCCAUUGACCUUAACCGGCCCUAACAUCACCUUCCUGUUUGGACCAUUUGAUUAGCAGCCACUUGGCCUUGAGACGGCUACAGCUGCCGGGCGGAUAGGAGAAUGAUGUGGUUCCCAUGUAGCUGGUCACGGGGCACUUCUCAAUAUCAGCAUGUGUCUGCAAGUGUGGUAGAGCGUGGUUUUCCUGAAUUGAUGAGAUAUUAAUUAAAUAUGACUCCUUCCUCUCUCUCCUUGGCCCAUUCCCACUGGGGUCUGAGAUGUGUUUACCUUACUUUGUGCCGAGUCAUUGUACUGCCGAUGACGCCGCUCUGAUCUCUCUGAUACACUUACAGCAGGAAGAUGGUGAGGAAGCAUUUUAGAGCAGCCGCCAGACCACAGAAGGGCUGCAGAGAGGAGAGAGAGAGGGGGAGAGAGAGAGGUAGGGAGAGCAAGUUAGAGGGAGAAAGGGAGAGAGAGAAUCAAUCAAUCAGAAAAACAUUUGAUUUAAUUAGCACUUUUGAAGAAAAAAAAACGUUUGUCACAAAGUUCUUCCCAGUAACCAAGUCUGCUCCAAAGACAAGGCAGGUUGUUGCAGAGGAAAGUUGGAGAGGGCUUGGAAGUCAGUCAGGUCACUGUUUCCUUUAUGAUUAAGGUCUAUGGCAUGGACGACACUUUCCUAUGAGGAUCCGCUGUCGUUUCUCAUGACAUAGGUAGGUGUCUGCUGAUUUAAAAUGUAAAUUAUUGGACACUGUGCAGAACACACAUAUUUUCUGCGCUAGCCAUCAUACACAAUUUGACUCAAUACUGGAAUGUACAAGGUGCUAAAACAUUCAACUAUCAAUUACUGGAUAUAGAGAGACUCCUAAAUAUCAUAUCCAAAUAAAAAAGCUAAACGCG